CUAUAAUUAGUGGUAACAUUUAUUAUCUCUGAUGGAUGUUAUCGAUCAGUUUCAAUUAUUUCAACAAGAAUUGGAAACAAAACACAACAAAUGGGAAAAAAUUGUGAAACUAAGCCGUGACAUAACGAUUGACAGCAAAAAAUUGAUUUUUCUGUUACACCGAAUUGAUAUUACAUCUCCAGAAACAAACUCAAAGUUCAAAAUAAUUACUGAGGCUGAUGAAAAAUGUGAUAUUAUUAUGAAGAAGUGGAAACAAAUUGCUACUGAACUGCAGGAUGAGGAUUCGCAUGCAUACAUUAGAGCAUUCUCCCCAGGCCUGCAGGAAUUUAUUGAAGCAAUGUCUUUUUUGUACUAUUUCAAAACUGAAGAAAACUACAGUAUACAAAGCAUUUCCAACUGUUUACUUGAUCUCAGUGAGAUACAAAAAUCUUUGGUUUUUGCAGAUGAUGAAAAUAAAGAACCUUUAGUCAUUCCAAUACCAGUGUUGGAAUAUUUAUACGGCAUCGCUGAUACUACUGGUGAAGUCAUGCGCUUAUGCAUUAACUCUGCUGCAAAGGCGAUCACUGAAACUUCGAAAAAGAAGGUGUUCAAGUUAUGUGCUUUUAUACGUAUUUUAUAUGAAAUGUUUCUGUCUUUUUCAUCUAUUAUUGACGUAUCACCAGGAAGAAAAAGAUUGCUGCAAAGCAAGAUCGAUGUUAUGAAGUUGUCAUUACAAAAAGUAGAGGAUACUUGCUAUCAAUUAGGCCUCAGAGGCAAAGAAUUAUUAGACGUUAUUCUAAAGAAUUAUGAACCAAUAAAAGUGAAUGAACCCUCUGGUUAAUUUAAUUAAUUUUUUAAACAAAACCUGAUUUUAAAACAAAUUCUUUAAUUCGAAAUACCCCGCUUUAUGAUAAAUAUUUUUCCUUAGAAAUUAUUCCAAGUAACAACAUAAGCAUGUUCUUCUAGUGAGAAUCUGGAACUAAUAAUUAGAAAUGGUAUGAUUUUAUCAGAAUGUCUAUUUUCCUGGGAUUCCUAUUUUCGUGCCAUUUCAGAUUUUUAGCUAAACUGAUAAAAGCUGGCGUGAAGAUUCCGAGAAAUAUUUGAUUCUAUUUAACAAUGAUCAGAUGUUCAAUCAUAUACAUAUUACAUAUCUUCCAACCAAGUGUUCGAUAUUUUGCAUGAUUUACUUUUUAAAGUUGGCCCCUUUGUUAAUUCGUGGGCUUGAGUGUAUGAUUUUGCCGUACGAAUCAAAGGACCGUAUGAGGGAAUAA